GCGAGUUUGAGGGAGGAUCGCGAGCCGUGCAGCCGUCAUGUCCGAGGACUCGAGCGCCCUGCCCUGGUCCAUCAACCGGGACGAUUACGAGCUGCAGGAGGUGAUCGGGAGUGGAGCAACGGCUGUGGUCCAAGCAGCAUAUUGUGCCCCUAAGAAGGAGAAAGUGGCAAUCAAACGGAUAAACCUUGAGAAAUGUCAGACUAGCAUGGAUGAACUCCUGAAAGAAAUUCAAGCCAUGAGUCAGUGCCAUCAUCCUAAUAUUGUGUCUUACUACACGUCUUUUGUGGUAAAAGAUGAACUGUGGCUAGUCAUGAAGCUGCUAAGUGGAGGUUCUGUUCUAGACAUUAUUAAGUACAUUGUGGCAAAGGGGGAGCACAAAAGUGGAGUCCUAGAUGAGCCUACCAUUGCUACAAUACUCAAAGAAGUGCUGGAAGGGUUGGAAUACCUGCAUAAAAAUGGACAGAUUCACAGAGAUGUGAAAGCUGGAAAUAUUCUUCUUGGAGAAGAUGGCUCAGUACAGAUUGCAGACUUUGGAGUUAGUGCUUUUUUAGCAACUGGUGGUGAUAUUACCCGAAAUAAAGUGAGAAAGACCUUUGUUGGAACUCCUUGCUGGAUGGCGCCUGAAGUUAUGGAACAGGUCCGAGGCUAUGAUUUCAAAGCUGACAUCUGGAGUUUUGGGAUUACAGCAAUUGAACUGGCUACAGGGGCAGCUCCUUAUCAUAAGUAUCCACCAAUGAAGGUUUUAAUGCUGACACUACAAAAUGAUCCUCCUUCUUUGGAAACUGGUGUUCAAGACAAAGAAAUGCUGAAAAAAUAUGGAAAAUCGUUUAGGAAAAUGAUUUCAUUGUGCCUUCAAAAGGAUCCAGAAAAAAGACCAACAGCAGCAGAACUGUUAAGGCACAAAUUUUUCCAAAAAGCAAAGAAUAAAGAAUUUCUUCAAGAAAAAAUACUGCAGAGAGCACCAACUAUUUCUGAAAGAGCUAAGAAGGUUCGGAGAGUACCAGGUUCCAGUGGCCGCCUUCAUAAGACAGAAGAUGGCGGCUGGGAGUGGAGUGAUGACGAAUUUGAUGAAGAAAGUGAGGAAGGGAAAGCAGCAAUUUCACAACUCAGGUCUCCCCGAGUGAAAGAACCAUUAUCAAAUUCUGAGCUGUUUCCAACAACUGAUCCCGCGGGUACUUUACUCCAAGUUCCAGAACAGAUUACUGCUCAUCUACCUCACCCAGCUGGGCACAUGCCUGCACAACCAACUCAAGUCUCUCCCCCACCCCCGGCAGAGCCAGCAAAAACAGCUCAGGCUCUGCCUUCAGGAGCAGGCUCACAAGAAACCAAGAUCCCAAUCAGCCUAGUACUCAGAUUAAGGAAUUCAAAAAAAGAACUAAAUGAUAUUCGAUUCGAGUUUACUCCUGGGAGAGAUACAGCGGAGGGUGUAUCUCAGGAACUCAUUUCUGCUGGCCUUGUCGAUGGAAGGGAUUUAGUAAUAGUGGCAGCGAAUUUGCAGAAAAUUGUGGAAGAACCUCAGUCAAAUCGAUCUGUCACUUUCAAACUGGCAUCUGGUGUCGAAGGCUCGGAUAUUCCUGAUGAUGGUAAACUAAUAGGAUUUGCCCAGCUCAGCAUCAGCUAAACCACAGCCCUGAAAGAGGCGGCCUAAGGAGAUUCCACACAUGCGUAUCUCUGUUGCUUCUGUUGGCCUAAACCCACUACUGCCAAAGAACCCAGCAACAAACCUCCCGGCUAGGAGCUUUAGAGGUCUUUCUUUAUGUUCUUCCUGCCAUCAUUCCCCCCUUUUCCCACAGGGAAAGAAAAGUUGGAUCACCAGUGGCCAGCAUCCCUUUAAAGAGUUCCGUUAGUAAACUUACUGCGCAUGUCCCCUGUCUUUCUCCAGCUGAGAAGGGGACUGUGCCUCAAGGCUCAGGAGGGAGAUCUGGCAGCUCAUCUUGCCUUACUCCAAUGAUGGCGCUGGGUGGAAAGUAGCAGCUAUAUUGGGCUUCCUCAUCCUGCCUGUUCUCCCACACCUGACAGGAUGUGGGCAACUUGGGAUAUAUCUUCACCACUGAAGUAGCAAUUAAAAGUUGAUUGUUUAUCUGGAGCCCAGAGAAUUUAAUUUAGUAAUUUUUUUUUUUAAUCUGAUGUGAAUUCUAGCAACCUUUGUUAGGAAAAAGCACAGCCUCAGAAAGAGGCAGCCUAAACUGUGUUAUUGUUUUGUUCAUGUUUCUAAGCGUUUUGCUGAAGCUGCUCUCAGGCACCCCUCUUCAUCACUCCCUCCAGAAAGGGUUGCUAGCCUUAACUUCAGCUGGUGCAAAACAUCUGACUGUAGUCGAACUUCAGCCAUCAGAUCCUAAAAAGUGGAACUUUGGACUGUUUUAGCGAAAACAUCAAGUAAUGGCUUGUAAAAGUGAAUUUCCCCAGCAGUGGUUUUGAACAGGAAGAAUCAUAACUCAUAUCAUUGUGGAAGUAUUUAUUUUCAAAUCUUAAAAAGUUCAGUUGAAGAAAAACUGCUCCUCAAUCCUCCCAUGAAAAUUUGCCUGGCCUCCACGUCAUAAGGAAAUGCAAGGCUGAGCUUUCUACAGCAAUAAAGGAGACUCACCAGGCCAGUGAGGCCUGCCUUCCGGCCCUCUCCUGCACUGACCCUUUGGAGGGGCUCCACACUUCUGUGCGCUGAACCUGACCCAGGAUGGAAAGUGAAACCACAUGUGCCGAGACUUUUAGGAUUUAUGAGUAGACAGUGUUCAUUUGAUUUUCUAUAGAAAUAAUAUAAAUUAUUCUUUAGGUUUAAAAACGAGCACUCAUAAUGCAAUAUGUGAGUAAUCGGUAGGGCCGAUUUUCUUUCCUACUGUUUUACAGUCAACCUCUGUCUAACUGCAAGAGCCCUAACAGUUUUUGUCUAAGAAAGGGACACUCAAUCUGGCCUUAAAACGACACAUGAAGAUGGGCUUUGGCACCAUGGAAAGGGGAGAGCUGCCUCUUACAGAAUCAUGCAAGCCCUUUCCAGUACCGUUGGUCUGUGAAUAACAAGAUUGCUUCACCUAGUUGUCUCUUGGAAUAUCUCUGGAAGCUUUCCCCACAACUGAGUUGUUGCAGCUCUUGUUUGGUUCUGAGCUUGUUGUUUUAGUUAUGGGCUUCCUUUCCCUGCCCUGGGUGCAGAGGCAUACUGGGGAAGGAGUAGAUGUUGGGGAGAAGGAUGGGAUGGGUUUGGAGUGGCCGUUGGGAGGAAAGUAGAUGAGAGGAUCGGACACCAAAGUCCAGGGUCCCAGCAGGAUCGGUAAAAAGUGGGAGGCCUGCCAAGCCUAGAGAGGGAAAAGAUUGAUCAGUUUGCUGGAAAAAUACUUAGCUUUUCUUUUUCUUUUCUUUUUUUUUUCUUUUUUUUUUUUUUUUUAGAGGGAUGGGAAUAACAUAUGAAAAGGAGAUAGUGUCCCUUUGGCACAAGGCUAGUGGCUUACCUUUGAGUCUGUAUUUUUGUCUCAAUCAAGCCAUCAUCAUCUACUUAAUGAUAAAUCCAGAGGGUGGUGGCCUCACUCUGUUCUAGCAUUCUGUUUGGAAGUAGUCUGGAGCCCAGGCAGGAGGUAAGCAGCAGCCCAUUGCUGUGUUCAGUUUCCCCAGCCAGCUAUGACUUUUAAACUGCAGUGGGACAAGCAUGCCAAUAGAAGUGGGCUAGGGCUUUCUCUUUCUUUUCAGUUCAUUUUUUGCCCUGCUGGGAAUUAGGAGCCAGACACCAAGACCCAGGACAGUGUUAUUUCUUCUGCAUGAUAUAUGGUGGAGUCCCUUUGCUGACUUUCACAGCGAUGCUGAGAGAAUACAUGAAAAGAAACUUCCCAGGUUGCACGACACGCGACCUAGUGAGUGACCUUGCACCUUUCAAGGAGCAGUGGUCCAGGGUACACCUCUGUCUCUAGGUCUCUAGGAUCCCUUGGUCCCUGGGGGUAGGGACUAAUUUAGCACAAGGUAACAUGUGCCAAUGCUGUUUGUGAAAUGUAUGGUCUUAUUCGAAAUGACUAAUGGAUUUGUUUGGGUUUUUUGCUUAAGUUUUGAACCAAAUCCUAGAGCCAGCUGAUACUAUUUAAUAAUCUGAGGAUAGAAUAAUGGUGUAUCAAUAAAUGGAGGUUCCUCCUUAUGACGUAUGCUAGAUUAUGGAAGAUGUAAAAUAUUUGACCUUCCCUUCUCCCUUUUUUUGACUUUGUAUUUUGCUGCAUGUUUCCUUCAUUUUUAAUCAAUAAAGAGUAAAUUGUC